CAACCAUCGUCUCAUCUUUCCAAAAGAUGUAUCUUCUUCUGUCACUUGCUCUUGUAUGCACCGCUGCCGCUUCCUCCGGUUACGGAAUUCCAGCCAAUGAUGAUCCUAGCUACUCACCACCAGCCAACGAUAAUCCAAGCUAUUCUGCACCAGCAAAUUCUGAUAAUCGUUUGUACUACGACUAUUCUUCUCGUUCCAGCUCCAGCUCUAGCGACAGCAGUGAAGAAAGAGAGUGCAGAAAAUUGAGAGAGUUUGAUCUUCCAUCGGAAUUGAAAUCCAUCGGCGUUAAAGCUAAAUUUUCUGAAAUGGAAAGACGCGGAAAAACCUACACAACAAUCUCUUGCCCUAGCAAUACCAAAACAUAUGCAAUUAUUGCCGACAAAUCUGGAAGUAAUGUCUCGCAAGGAGACAUAACCAUCCAAGACGCAGUGCUCUUGGCCACCGGAGUUAACAUCGAUGUCGUGGGAAGAUGCCGUGGUCGCCGUACCACUGUUGUGGCUAACAAUGGAGACGAAGUCAAAAUCAAAACAGUUGUUUGCGUCGAGUUGUCAACCUCACCAGACAAAUACUAAUCUCAUAUAUUUCAAUAUUUCAUUUUUGAAAUGAAAAAUUUUCAGUAAAUAACGCUAUGUAUU